GCGAGUAAUACUGACCAGCAAGAGGAACUCUCUUCGGUCUUAUGGGUGAUGCACAUCAGUUUCACUAUUACUCAGCACUGAAAAAACAAACAGCUAGGGAAAAUUCGGAAAGAUUCAUUGAGAAAUUACCAGUCAGGUGAAUAAUCGUCCUCAGACUGAGAGCGACUGAUUCCCCUAUCACCAUCGUAAUUUAAUAAAAACCCCGAAGAUGACGGUUGGGCUACGUGCAAUGGGGUUAAUGAAGAUAACCCGGAGUCUGCGGAGGAGACUCAACGAGAGGAAUGUUAGUGACGACCUGCUCGCCGACAUUGAGGAGAAAGCGAAAAGGAUUCCGACGCAUAUUGAUACAAAUAUGCUAAAGAUCGGUUUCCUGGGAGGGGGCAAAAUGGCCCAGGCCCUUGCCAAAGGGUUCAUCAGUGCCGGACUCAGCAAGGGGGAGAUGAUCCUCGCCAGUUGUCUUCCCAGUGACAAGGGCAGUAUCGAGACGUUUAGAGACAUUGGAUCAAAGACUGUACACACAAACGACGUUGUGGCUGCUCAUGGAGAUGUGCUGAUUCUAUCAGUGAAGCCACAGAUCGUGUCCAAAGUACUUCCCGAACUCAAAGAUCCUGAGAAACUUGUCUUAUCGAUAGCUAUGGGAAUCUCCAUUGAGGCACUCGAAAAGGGAUUACCAGAGGGAACUCCAGUAAUCCGAGUGAUGCCAAAUACCCCAGCCCUAGUGGGCUGUGGUGCAACAGUAUUUGCGCGUGGUACUCACGCCACAGACGAAGACGCUGACGUAACGGAGAAGCUGUUCUCAGCGAUUGGAAUUUGCGAGGAAGUUGACGAGCACCUGAUCGACCCAGUGACAGCUCUAGCUGGCUCUGGGCCGGCUUACGUCUACAUGUUCAUAGAGGCGAUGGCAGAUGGAGCAGUGAAGAUGGGGAUGCCAAGGCCUCUAGCUUAUAAAUUGGCAUCUCAAACUGUUCUGGGGGCUGGAAUGAUGGUCAGAGAGACAGGUGUCCAUCCUGGGCAAUUGAAAGACGAUGUGGCCUCACCUGCUGGCUCGACCAUAACUGCUAUCCACGAACUUGAGAGGAAAGGCAUGAGAUCUGCUGUUAUUGACGCUGUGGAGGCUGCAACUCUGAGAUGUAGAGAGUUCAGCUCCAAGAGUAAUUGACGCUUCAUUAAUUGAAUCACUUAAUGGACGUUUAGAGAUCUGUUAUUCAGAGCAAUGACCCCAUAUUUUUGUGAAACAAAUUAUGAAUGAAUCAAUGAGUCAAUUAGAUUUUAAAAAACUUAUAAUUUUAUUAAGACCAUUUAAACAUUUUCAGUUGCUCACUACAACAUUUUUACUUCACAAAUUGUUGAAACACAUAGUCAAUUCAGUAGUGAAGUGGUAAAAUGGGACGUAGCUUCCAUCGAACUUCAUCAUCAAAUUAAAUUUGACAUGAGUAACGAAUUUGGAAGCAAGAUUUUCGUAAGGACUUUCUCUGCAUCUCUAAUUUUUCUGUACAAAUAAAAAACAAUUUGAUAUAAAAUUGUGAAAUAACUCCCACAAUCUAAA